CUCUCCUUCUCUUUCAUUCUUACCUCUCUGUUUCUCUUUCUCUUCAACUUUCUCACACUCAUCACCGACCAACAAUCACUUCAUCACCGAUUACCGAUCACUAACUCUCACCUCGUUGUUUCUCUUUCUCUUCAGCUUUCUCUCACUCAUCACGGAUCAUCGAUCCUCAUCACCUCUAUGAUGAUGGACCCCCUCUCUCUCUUUCACCCUUCAAAUCUUAAAUUGUUUGAGAAAUGCAAACCCAUGAAAUCAAAGAUGAAGACGAGGAUGAUGAGGAACAAACAAACCCUAAAUCAUUCAUGCCCCUCUAUUCCUUCAUUAGAUCUAUCAUUCUAACGAAGAUCAGUUCAACAAAAAUCAAGAUCAAUCCAACAAAACCCGCUAUUGAUCAGUCCAUCUCUGUCACAAUCUGGGCAUCUCUCACUUCUUGGUGUUCGACGAUCCUUCCAGGACAUGCUCUCUCUCUUCUGUCAACAAAGAGGAAUUCUUGGCUUUCAGCUUCCGAUUUUUCCUCACAGUGCAGUGCUGCUCUCCACGAGCUAAUUGCAGAAAAUCGCACUGCCAUGAAUGGAACUCAACCCGCGUCCAGUUCGCUAGACCACCACCAAAUAUGUUCACUGAACCGCAUGGUCGAAGUUGGUGGACACUUGACGCUUGAUCUUAUGCAGGCUCUGAGUUCUGCAUUUGGGUUCUUGUCUAGGGAAAAAUCUAAGGAAGAAGAAGAGUGUUAUGAUGAUUAGUUUAGUAGUGUUGUUCUGAGGGAAAAAUCUUUGGGGGUGCUAACUGGUCGACUAAUUUUUUGUGAGGGCAAAAUCUAAGGAAGAAGGAGAGUGUUGUUCUGAGUUGUGGAGGUCCUUUGGUGCUCAUGUAAUUUGAAGUUUUCAAGAGUUUAUUGGUUGUAUUGUAUUCGAUAAUUAGUUUAGCAGCGUGUAUAAAGAUAUAUUUUUUUUUUGGGGGAGUAAAUUACACCAUUGGUGUCUGUAGUGUCAAUUUAAACAAUUUAAACCUUACCGUUUUAGUUUUGUUGCAAUGUAAUUAUUCUGUCAUACACCGUUAAUAUUUUGAAUACAUGCAAAACUAGAAGGGGCUAAAGUGAAAUUC